AUGGACAAGCAUUUCGAGGAACCUAAUCGGACCACUCGUGUCGCCCCGAAGCGACCGGCCUCGCUUAGAGACAUCACCACCAGACACGUUGAUCAGUCGUCGUCUUCCGUCUUACCUAACAAGCGAGCGAAAAUUCAGCGCAACAGGAAAGACGUGUGCGAGCCGCCGUCCACCUCCUCCGCUUUGACGUUUGUCCAGCGUCGUCUAGCCGGCCUGGUCGACUAUUUCCCGAAUAUCGACGCUGCUCGGCGUUUGACCCGUUCGUUCACGAGGACCCUGCUGGACUCGCCCCAGCCACAGCCGCAGCCAUCAUCG